ACAGACGAAAUACCGCUAAGCAUUUCAAGCAACAGAAAUAACUGGGGAAUAGAAUAUAAAAAAAGAAGAAAAAAAAAGAAAAACAUUUUGACUUUGUGGUGAGAGGAGAAAAAUAAUGGAAAAUGAAUUACGUGAUAAUGAGGUUAAUUGUAAUACACAGUCGUUAAGGAUUGAUUUUACUGAAGAUGAAACAGAAGAAGAAGAGAAAACAUCAUUUCACUGUGAUGUCUGCAACAAGUCCUUCUUUCUCAAAGAUGAACAGACGAUUCACAAAUGUUUCCAUGCAGGAGAGGAUCUCUAUCGCUGUGAAAUCUGUGGUAAAUCAUUCUCUGAAAAGGUUCGUUUGACCACACAUAAACACAUUCACGCAGGUGUCGAGCCGUAUCGCUGUAAUACCUGUGGUAAAUCAUUCUCUCAGAAUCACCACUUAACUACUCACAAAUACAUUCAUACAGGAGAGAAACCUUAUCAGUGUGAUAUCUGUGGUAAAUCAUUCUCUAGAAAUAGCGACCUAACCACUCACAAACGUAUUCAUACAGGAGAGAAACCAUAUCAUUGUGAUAUCUGUGGUAAAUCAUUCUCUCAUAAUCACCACUUAACUACUCACAAAUACAUUCACACAGGAGAGAAACCUUAUCAAUGUGAUAUCUGUGGUAAAUCAUUCUCUGGAAAUAGCGACCUAACCACUCACAAACGUAUUCAUACAGGAGAGAAACCAUAUCAGUGUGAUAUCUGUGGUAAAUCAUUCUCUAGAAAUAGCGACCUAACCACUCACAAACGUAUUCAUACAGGAGAGAAACCAUAUCACUGUGAUAUCUGUGGUAAAUCAUUCUCUAGAAAUGACCACUUAACUAAACACAAAUACAUUCACACGGGAGAGAAACCUUAUCACUGUGAUAUCUGUGGUAAAUCAUUCACUCGAAAUCACAACUUAAUUACUCACAAAUACAUUCACACAGGAGAGAAACCUUAUCAGUGUGAUAUCUGUGGAGAAUCAUUCUCUCAUAAUCAGCACUUAACUACUCACAAAUACAUUCACACAGGAGAGAAACCUUAUCAGUGUGAUAUCUGUGGUAAAUCAUUCUCUCAGAAUCACCACUUAACUACUCACAAAUACAUUCACACAGGAGAGAAACCAUAUCAUUGUGAUAUCUGUGGUAAAUCAUUCUCUAAAAGUGGUGACUUAAAUACUCAUAAACGCAUUCAUAGUAAAGAGAAGCCGUAUCACUGUGGUAAAUCAUUCUCUUUAAAUCAUCACUUAGCUAAACACAAACUUAUUCAUACAGGAGGGAGGCCAUAUCACACGAUAUCUGUGUGCGAUUUGUAA